AUCUUACGCUGAAGGACGCAAGGGGUGGAACCGCGAAGCUAGUAGCAACUCUUAGCAUAGCCGAUCUUAGACUAGCUAUGUGAGCGCAUUACAACCAAAAUACAGCAUUUCAACGUCGUUCUUUAUGUUGUUAGAUAACGUUGUAUAACCACACUUGGUUAUGAUUGGGUAGAGCAACAAAAUACAAACGUUCGUCAACUGGUUUUAAUUAUAUCGGAUCGUCAUGGAUGCAGUGAACGCGUUCAACAUGGAGCUGUUUUCCAUGAUUGACAUGAAGCCUCCAAUAUCCCGUGCAAAGAUGAUGUCUGUAACAAAAUCAGCCAUCAAAGCCAUCAAGCUUUACAAACAUGUUGUCCAGAUUGUUGAAAAGUUCAUCAAGAAGUGCAAGCCAGAAUUAAAAGUCCCUGGCUUGUACGUGGUGGAUUCCAUUGUUCGACAGUCGCGUCAUCAGUUUGGAGUUGAGAAGGAUGUGUUUGGACCCAGAUUCUUGAAGAACUUCACAGAUACCUUCCUAAACCUUUACCACUGCUCAGAAGAUGAUAAGACCAAAAUUCUUCGCGUACUGAACCUGUGGGAGAAGAAUGGUGUGUUCGACAUGGACAUCAUUCAGCCUCUGAUGGAUAUGUGCAAUGAAACCAUUGUUCCUGCCCCUACAUUACAAGUUGCCGCUCACCCCCAACCAGAGACACACCUUCCCGUCACUAGUGCCUCAGUUGUGUCUGCUGUGCCUCAGCUAACCACUCCUGAUGCCUUAGCUGCUGUGGCCCAGUUAUUUCAGUCCCCCCAUGGUCUAGAGCUGCAGAGGAUGCUUCAGAACUUCCAGCAGGCAGAUAAGACCCGGGAAGCGUCCAUCACAAACACCUUACCAAACCCAGCACAGCCCAUGCCAGUGGCCCAGCUCAACCCGUACAAUGAACACACUGAAAAUAGGAACUCUUUAGCUGAGAAACUCCUGGACAGAUUUGACUAUGACGAUGAACCUGAGGAUAUGAUCGCCAAAGAAGACAGUGCCCAGACGCAAGGUAUCCCUGGACAUGUGUUUAACCAUUUUCCUGGCCAGAUUCCCAACACAGAUACUGUUCAUCCACAUAUGACGGGACAGAUCGGUGGUGUAGAGCACGGUGGAGGGUUGAGUCAUGAUGAACAUCAUAUGAUGAUCGAUGGAUACCGUUCCAUAAAUGAGGGUUAUUCACAAACAAGGGGAAGUUCAAGAGAAGACUCAUCUAUGAGACGGGAGGGCAGACACAGAGGCUAUGGCAGGAGAUCAAGAUCCAGAUCUGGCUCAAGGUAA